AUGUAACCAGAGUAUUAAAAGACUUUAGAAUAUUGUUAAUAAAGUAUUAGACAAUCCUACCUAAUCAGGAUGUAAAGUUUGUAUAUUUCUUUAUUAAAACUAGACUCUAGUGCAAAGUCAUCAAAUUAUAUAAAUUUUACAUAAUAUGAAAUCUUAGUAUAAUUUUUGAUUUAAAAUGCUUUGUUUUGUAAGUCUGAAGCUUUAAGAUAUAAAACAAUAUAGAUGUUAGAAUAAUUUGAAAAGCAAGAUCAUACAUAAUUAUAUAGUAUUGAUUUUUUAAAAUUUAAUGAAAAUCCUCUCACAAUAGAAGUCUCUCCAUUAUAAAGUUCUUUUUAAUUACCUCUUUUCAAAUAAUUUAAAACAAUCUUACUGAAUAAUUGCUAAAACAAAUAAAAAAAGUACAAUAUUUCAUAAUCAUAUCCUAGCCAUUAUGAGUAUUUAUUGAAUGCAGAAAGAAAGAAAAUAUAAUUAAAAGUAAAUUAUUGA